CCAAAUUAUGAUAAGUCUUCCGCUUGCCGAUUUGGUAUAUUCUCCUCAAUAAAGCGUCGCAUUCCACAAGCUACAAUGGCCCCCACGUUGUCAAUGGUGACGUCUGGCAGCGGAAUUUUAAAAAAUCCUUCCUCCUUGCAAAUGAUCGCCUCGACUGCUGAAUCUUCCAUGUUGACUGGUUCUUCACGUUGCGGUGGUCAAUUAUUUAAUUCUUUCAAUUUGACCACAAUUUCCUCUUCUGGCUUGACCUCUGACCUUAUGGAAGUCGACGAAAAAUCCAGAACUGUACCAACUGAAGUUUCUCUUGCAGUUAACAAUGUACCGAAUUCUAUAUUGUCAAGAAAGCUGGGAAAUAUUGUUCUCAACAGUACCAACGAUCCUUCAAUUAGUGCUUCACUUUACAAGAGCAGUGAGCAUCAUCGACAUGCUCAGCUAUCUGGCAAUUUUCACUGCAACUCUGGCGCUCGGUUAGGCGUUACCAACAUCGAAUCUAACGUUGAUAGUUUGAAAAGGCCAGACAAUUAG